UCCCUGGUUCCUUCACUUCCGCGGGGCUAAUGUGGGCAGUUUGCAACGUGAAGGUUCGCGAUUGCUUGGUCGCCACUUCCGUCUCUCUGAGACGGUGCCUGAAAUUGGGGGCGACUAUGGCAAAAAGCAAGUUCGAGUACGUGCGGGACUUCGAGGCUGACGAUACCUGCCUGGCCCACUGCUGGGUGGUGGUGCGGCUGGACGGCCGGAAUUUCCAUCGGUUUGCUGAGAAGCACAACUUUGCAAAACCUAAUGACAGCCGUGCUCUCCACCUAAUGACCAAAUGUGCCCAGACUGUAAUGGAAGAACUGGAGGAUAUUGUGAUUGCAUACGGACAGAGUGAUGAGUACAGCUUUGUGUUCAAGCGAAAAAGCAAUUGGUUUAAAAGAAGAGCCAGUAAGUUCAUGACUCAUGUGGCCUCCCAGUUUGCCUCCAGCUACGUCUUUUACUGGCGGGAUUUCUUUGAGGACCAGCCUCUUCUGUAUCCCCCAGGCUUUGAUGGAAGAGUCGUGGUGUAUCCUAGCAACCAGACCUUAAAGGACUACCUCAGUUGGCGACAAGCAGAUUGUCAUAUCAAUAAUCUUUAUAAUACAGUUUUCUGGGCACUUGUACAACAGUCUGGACUAACACCAGUACAAGCCCAAGGGAGAUUACAGGGAACUCUUGCAGCAGACAAGAAUGAGAUUUUAUUUUCUGAAUUCAGCAUCAACUACAAUAAUGAACCACUGAUGUACAGGAAGGGGACUGUGUUGAUAUGGCAGAAGGUGGGUGACGUCACAACAAAAGAAGUUAAGCUGCCAGCAGAAAUGGAAGGAAAAAAGGUUGCAGUGACCCGGACCAAGUCUAAACCAGUGCCCUUGUACUGUGAUAUCAUCGGGGAUGCCUUCUGGAAGGAACAUCCAGAGAUCCUAGAGGAAGACAGCUGACCCUUUGCUUUUCGUUCCUGGCAUGCUUAACCAUGCAAGAUUCCCCAAGUCUUCUGGCCUCAGGUGGCCCUAGCAUCCCUAACCACCCAGUACAGUGUGUCGGGAGUGACAUGACUCUGGCUGGGAGGGGAAUGGGGAAGGAAGGGAUGGAUGGGAGUGGUGUAUUUUGUUCUGCUUUUAAGUAGAACACCUUUUGUUGCAAUGUUGGAACAUAGUUCCUUCAAUAGAAGUGCAUUUUUAAAAAAUUGUGCUAUUUUUAUAAAGCAAGAAGUAUUUUAUA